CCUUCUAGCAAAGACCCGCUUCCAAGGAGGAAGAGGAAAAUAUUCGGCGCUUCACAUUCAAGAACUUUGAUAAACCUUACAACGUCACCCCCAGUUCCUAAGUAUAGACGUGACUGCAGCUUGGACCGCACGAUGAGAGGACACGUUUCAGUAAAAAAUGGACAAUGACCCAAAACACACUUCCAGGCCGUGUAAGGGCUAUUUGACCAAGAAGUAGAGUGAUGGAGUGCUGCAUCAGAUGACCUGGCCUCCACAAUAACCUUACCUCAACCCAAUUGAGAUGGUUUGGGAUUGGUUGGACCGAAGAGUGACGGAAAAGCAGUCAGCAAGUGCUCAGCAUAUGUGGGAACUCCUUCAAAACAGUUGGAAAAGCAUUCCAGCUCCCCCUCUUCCUCUCCCCGCUCUGCGCCUCAUGGUCCCACCACUGCGCCUGGUCUCAGCAGCCAUCUGGCAAACGAUCCGGCAGAGUCACGUGAUGGAUUAUGGGGUGCUGGAGGAGUUUGUUACCAUGGUCACAGAUGUGGUUCCAGAGCUUCUGAAUGACAGUCAGAGGGCCCAACUUAUUCUGGGUCUUCGAGCACGGCUGGUCCUGGAGUUGUGUCGCUCGAAGCCGUUCACAGACCUCCAGACCAUUCAGCCACACCUGGACAGGAUCAAGACCCUUACACCUCUCUGGGGGACACAGGCUGAUGCAGAGGUGGGAUUAUCUGAAUCCAGCUUCCUGGGGCUGGUUCAAACCCUUCUGAAAGACCCAGAUGAGAGGGAACAUUUCUUCCAGGAUGUUUUUCCUGUAGAAUUUGGUUCCAGUUAUGAUGCAGCCAUACAGAAACUCAUGUGGCAAUUCCUUUCGAGACUGGAGAAGCUACUUCCUGUGUCAAACUUCCAACAGGCUGCCUUGCUGCUCAGCGACUCCUCCUCUCUUCUUGAGGAAUGUGUUAAGUCAGUGUCUCACCCUCAGCAGCUGAAAACCCUGCUUCAGUACCACAGAGACCUUGGCCAGCUGGACAACCAUGAUACUCUGUCUUCUUCCGAUGGGGACUGCAUUCUCUCAGCUCUCUGUCUCCCUCCAGUAGAAAGGGUGGUGAUUGCAACUGAACAGACAGAUUCAGAAACACACGUAUCAUCCUUGAACGUCUUUAUGGAUACAUUCACCAAAGAGUUGGAGGUGGACUCUGCAACACUUGGAAAGUACACAGAGAUGGAACCCGGGACAAAUAUGGAUGUAAUAGCAGAGGAUAGGGUGGAAUGUAAGAGAAAGGAAAAAGCAUCCUCAGUUAUUAAUGACAAGGAAGAGGAUAAUUCAGAGUUUGCUGAGACUGAAGAGGUGGAACCAGCGUAUGAAACAGUGUUGGUUUUAGGGGAAGAUGGGAAGAUGGCACCUUUAGUCAAAACCAAUAAACUCAAAGGGCUCAAAAGAGACAGAAAUGACACCAGUGGCAUGCCUGAUGGAAAAAAACACCGAACACCUAGCCCUCCACAAAUGAAAAGCAUAGACCUGUCUGAUACGAUCAUAUCGUCCAUGCUUCACAAGCCCUCAGUGGAGCUACAAAGGAUUGACACCGCUAACCUGACGUUGCCCUUAGAACCAGUGAGAAGAAACAGGGGUCGUAAGAUGAAGACCUUGCUAGCACGAGAAUUGAAGCAAACCAAAACUGAAUUUUCAGAACAGAAAAAACGUGUCUGCAAGAGAGUUAAAACACCCCAAAACCCCAAUAUGUGCACAGUGUGUGGACGUGUCUUAUCCCGCUUUUCAGACAUGAAUAAGCACAUGCAAACCCAUAAGAACGGUCGCACCUAUCAGUGUCGCAAUUGUCAGAAGACUUUCAAGCACUUGUACACUUUGCAAACUCACAGAAAGUCAUGUCUGUUUGGAACUGGGCAACAAGAGGAGAUUCCCUCUGUAGAGGGCAGUAGUGUUCCGUUUACUAUGUGUGAGGCAGAAUUCGCACAAUCCUCAAUAGACCGUAGAACAUGCAAGGUGUGUGGCAAGAUUGUGCAUCGCAUUGGAUACUUGAGUACCCACAUGAAGAUUCACUCUACGACUCGUCACUAUUCACUCGGAGAAGCGAAAGCAGUCCAGAAAGCAUCACCUGAGGGAGAAGACACAGAGCCAUCCAGUGGUGUUACUAUUGAGGCAACACCUGAGGACAGUGACUCAUCCUCCACCAGUACUCCCCAGGACCUAUCUUACGACCCAGAACUCAGCCAGAUCAAAAGACCAAAGUGCUCCAGCACAGCAAAGAAGUCAAACCGAAAAACCUUCCAAAAACCAAAACAUAUGUGCUGUAUUUGUGGUAAAUACGUGACUGCUGGAGCCUUUGAGUAUCACAUGAGAACUCACUCAGGCGAGCGCCCUUUCUCCUGCCCUCAUCCUCAGUGUGGGAUGAAGUUCAUACACAGCGGAGGUUUGCGGGUCCAUCUCAGACGCUAUUGCAAGGUUCGGACAGUUGACGCUGCUGAGCUCGACAGCUUCAACAUACGUUUUGAGUGUGACAAAUGUGAGAAGACAUUCACGAUCCAAUCAAAACUGAGGAAACACAAACUUAUCCACGGCCCGCUCUACUGCACAGGGUGCAGGAAGGUAUUGCCUGACUUAGAAACUUUAACCAGACACAAGCUUUGGCACAGGCCCGUUCAGUGCAGCAUGUGUGAGGAGAGCUUCAUGCUCACAAACCUCAGAACACACUAUCUGGAUGUCCAUAAGUUCAGCGGACCGUUCGUCUGCACCCACUGUCCGAAAAGCUACAAGAAGUUCCAUUCCCUCAUCAAACACGAGAUGGUUCACACCGGGAACCUCCCCUUACAGUGCUCCCAGUGUCCAAAGAGAUUCAUCUACAAUUACGACCUAGUUGAACACGAGAAAAGGCACUCUGACGACAGGCCUUGUCUCUGCUGGGAGUGUGGCAAGGCCUUCUGUACCAACAUUGACCUGAAACAACACAUGCAGAAUAGCCACGGUGAAAAAUCCACAGAGUGUCGUUUCCCGUGUCGCCAUUGUGGGAAACCCUUCAGGCUUAGUAAUUCCCGUGCGAACCAUGAGAAGACUAAGCAUGGUGGGGUGCGUUACCCGUGUACGUACUGUGGCAAGCAGUUUGUUUGUGCAAAUGCAUUGAAAAGGCAUGAUCUGAUUCACACGGGGGAGAGACCUUUUAAAUGCAACCAUAAGAGUUGUGAUAAGGCUUUCAGGUCGAGAGCUGAACUGAGGAUACACAUGAGAUACCAUACUGGAGAGCGGCCGUUCAAGUGCAACGUCUGUGGAAAGGGCUUUGUUCAAGCCAAUUAUCUCACUACGCACUACAGGACUCAUACAGGGGAGAAGCCGUAUUCAUGUUCCGUCUGUGACAAAAGCUUUAACUACCAUGACUCCCUGAAGAGACACAUGUCUACACACUCAAACGAGAAGCCUUAUAAAUGCUUGGACUGUGGAAAAGCUUUCGAACGUAAAACUCUGUUGAAUGUACAUAAACGAUCAUGUACAUCAUUAUUGAAAUGUUAAUCCCUCCUUCCCCCCAAUUGUGCUUUAAUGUAAGAAGAUGUACAUUUGAUAAGAUUGUGGCCUGAGUGCAUUUCCCACUUUAUUUUUGUAAUUUUUUGUUGUGGCCAGUCAAUGUUUCCCCUUUUCAAAUAACUACACUUAUGCGAGAAAAGUAUAAGUCAAACUAAAUAAAAGUAGAAUAAAAUACUUGGGGUUAUGGUUUUGUGUAUGUAUAGCACUGUUCUUUCAGUUCCUCUCCUUGUCUCAACCUGGUUAGCCAUUUCACAUCGGCUACUGUUGCCGAAAGGCUGGCAAAUGGCGAUAUUGAGUUGUUUCAUCUUACAGUCCAAAAGGAAUCUAUGCAAGUAGAUUUGUAAUGAAAGUAUGCAUACUUUCUAUUUUUUUCACCUUCUCGCCAUUAGAUCGAGUAAAUGAGGAAAUCCAUACCUUUGCAGCUUGAAUGGAGAAUGUUUUAUGUACAAACCAGCCCACAGGAUAUGAGUGUACCGGCUGCAUAAAUUCUCUUUGGAUGAUAAGAUAAAACUACUCAAAAUCGCUAUCUGCUGGCCUUUGGACUAUAGAUUGUUUUUGUGAUGAUGUUAGCUAAACCAUGUGCGUGCUUCCAUGGUGCAGAAGUCAGUGUGUUGUGAUUCUGGAUGGAUUGCUAGCAAGAAUGACAAACUGCCAUGUGGGUGGGGUAUUGUGUGGCUCGUUUCAUCUUGUUAUUGAUACCAUGUCUUGUUUUGACUGAUUUCAUAUCAAUGCUAAUGUGGCUAAAUUUAGCUAGCUAGCUAAUCAACAACUGUAGUGAUAUGAGAGAAGUGCUUAUUGUUGCAGGUGCUUUCAAUAAACAUUGGAGAUGAAAUGUA